UGAAAGGCUGUAUCAUUUUUUUUGUCACGCGAUCAGUGUCGGUAUGUUUUGCUGUUUUCGCGCGUCGUUGAUUCGGUGACCUGGGGAGAAGGGGGCACAGCAGCAGCAGGAGGAGGUGUGGAGGAUGGCGCGAGGAGCUUGUAUAGUUGCAUUUAGUUCUUGACGAUGACAAAAAAAAGAAACGUGGAGAGGACCUGGCCUCCUGUCAACGGUGCAAUGUGUCCAGUCUCUACUCAUGCAGGGUGUGGAACUGCUAGAAAACCUCACGACGCUGUCCAAAGACUUUCUUCUGAUAACGAACUCUUAACCCUCAAAACCCUCAGAGUGCAAACCCCCCCCCCCCGCUCCGACACCCAAGCGGAUCCAAAGCAUGGGGAGGAGAUGGACGAGGCUGUGUGUAUUCGAAUGGGCGUGCAACUGUCUGCAUUGUGAAAGCACUGAAUGAAAAAAAAAUAAAGAAAAGCUUUAAAAACUUCAAUACACUUUCAAAAGGUGGCCAAACAUUUCCAAAGGAUUUUACUUCUUCUUCUCCUUCUAAUUCUUCUUCGUAUUCUUCUUUGCCACAUUAAAUAAACUGUGAUUAACUGUGGCAACGAAGUAAGAGAGGGAGGAGCAUUAACUCAAGUCGUCGUGUUUGUUCUCGUGUCUUGAUCGUUGUGAGAGGCGAUCGCUCGCUUGCGCAGCGCGCGCAUCCCCAGGGGUGCGCGCCUAUGGCGCGAGUCUCGACCGUGUACAAUUUGCUGUAGGUUAUACAAUUCUCAUAGCUGUUGACUGUAAGCUGCACACUAAACCAAAAAAGUACAUGUUCUUGUUUUCUAUGAUAGUCUUUCGGUUUUUCUUUUGGUUAAUGUAACCUCUGAACGUCUUGACUAAGCUGUGCCGUAACACAGUAAAACUAAUGAAGUAAAAAAAAAGUCUUUUUAAUUAUGUUGCAAAACUUGUCAUAGAUAUGUUUAUUGUAGAUGUACUGGUAUUUGACCCUAUAGUAUGGAUCUGCUCGUUGUGAUACAUUAAAAAUUGAUAUGACCAAAAUAAAGCUCAUGUCUGUGUUUCAUGAUAA